UGGAGACGCACUCUCUCGCUCUUGAUGUUGAAUAUUCAGUUUGCCGUGUUAAAGUUCACGAUCCCGCUCAGGGAGGUUAUAUUGCAAUUGAGUGAGAUCCAGCAUUUGUUGCGUCGACAGAGAGCUUUUUAGAUUCCUGUUAUCCGAGACUUUCAAAGUGAGAGAGUGUGUUUGGAUUCUUCUCUACAGUUGCCAUACGAUGGAUCCCGCUCAGGGGGAGAGCGGAGGAGGAAGGUCCUUGACGUCGAAAAUCAAGGCAAGAGUUACCAAUCAACAUUUGGGGAGUAAGGUGAAGAGCAUUAAGAAUCGAUUGCCGGGAUUGAAGAAGCGAGACGGCGGCGAUGAGCAUGGGUAUGAGGAGAAUAGCUCCGAGUACGAUGAUUCUCCGCACAACUCUCCCAGGGGUCCCGGUCCCGAGACAAGGUACAACGUUGGUGAAUCCACACCCUUCAGCACAUUGAGAACCAAUCCUGCAUCAUCAGAUCCAAAUAUCAACGCAUCGCAAAACCGGGACCAUGACACAAGGUCGUCGUACCCUGAUUCUACUGGAUACGGGAUACCUGUACAUAACAACCCUUCAGAAUAUGAUGCCAAAAGUCGAAAUCAUGUUCCGAUGGCCACCACUACGCGACCAGCUUCGGUAUCAACUGAUACCCCAAGUUCGAAUAUGACUCCAUCAACUGGACAUUUGAAGCCUUUGCAUAACAAUCCUUUGCAUAACGCCGAAACACGAAACUAUGUUCCAGGGGUACCUCCCACGCGACCAGCUCCGUUAUCAACUGAUAUCCCAAGAUCGAACUUGGCUCCACCGACUGACUCGCCAAGAUCUAACUUGGCCCCGACCACAGUCGAUAAAUUGAAGAAUUUGGGUGUCAACGAAAAGUCUCCUCGUGAUAUCUCUUAUCGAAGUGAUCUCAGUUCCCAACCUCAAGCAAAAUACUCCCCGCCAUUGUCAUAUCCUGACUCAAUGGUCGAGAGCACACAAAAAGGGUACAACGAUGUCUCCCGCCCUAGUGCCACUGCGGACUCCUCCAGCCUUCCAAAUCGUGCAAAUAAGGGGAUACUCGAGAAAAUGACGGAAAGUGUCGCUGGCGCCGCUGCUGUGGUCGGAGAUAAACUGGGAUACUACAGGGAAGAAGAUCUUAUACCGAGGGACCCUAACGCGCCCGGAAUCAUGCAAAAGACGAAGAUGGCUUUAGGAUUGGACAAACCCACUGACCCGAACGCACCCUCUGUGCUGACUAAAGCGAAGUCGGCACUCGGAUUUGACAAACCUAGAGAUCCUAACGCAGUGACACUUCUGAAUAAGAGCAAGGCAACUCUGGGCCUUGACAAGCCCAGGGAUCCGAACGCUCCUCCCCUCACACAGAAGGCUAAAAUCUACAUGAAUACGGCGAGUCAAAAAACUCGGGAGUACUCCUCCACUGCUGCAGAUCGUGCAGCUUUCGCGAAAGACCGACUUGCAGCUCAUACCACUCCGACGCACCAUGACAAGGAACUGUCUGAACAGGUGACCCAGACGUUGAGCACAUUGCCCGGCACCUUUAAGGAGAAGAUCUUGCCAGUCCUAGGUCUCGUGAAUGGAGGUAACAAGACGAAUUCACCUAGGAAUUAUCAGAGCAUCCCUAUUGUUGAUCGUGUCAGGGGUGCUGCGAGCUCCCUCUUCGCUGCCGCCCCCAAAGAAACUGGAGAACAUUUGCAACACACAUUCCCGGCACAUUCAGAUUUUGGGAGACCGAACGCUGUCACUCCUCGGUCUGAUCAUGAGCAGCCAGCUGCUGGCGUUUAUCAAAAUUACGGAGACGGUGUCAACGAACAGCAGAAGAUGCCUGUUUCUUCUGCACCAGUUUAUCCAGGGGUCAAUAGCUAAAUUCCUUUUCUUGUUGAAAAGGUAUUACAUUGUAGGCAUGUAACUGGAAUUGUACAAAGAAUAGUGUAAAGUGUUGUUAAGGUGGUCGAGCUGGAAGGCGAUAUGAUGCGAAGCUUGUAGUGUUUAGGUCAUCUCACAGAUGCAUUACAAGCAGAGACACAAAACAGGCAUGUGAAUCUUAGGUUGUGGUAUAGUGCUAGGAAUCUUUGUGGCUUGUACUGUUUGGUUGUGUAUCAUUGCAUGCAAAAGUUAAAACGUAGAUUUGGGUGAAGCUUAGCAACACAGGUGGUUAUAGUUGUUGAACAGUGUUUGGUAGUGUUUAUAUGGAGUAGUUGGAAGAUUUACUGAUGCUAAAACUGCUUCUAAACCUAGCUAGGAAGCUUAAGUACACCAUGCAUGUGAAGAUAAUUCAUUUAACUUCACCUAGUUUCUGUUCAUGCAUUGUCCAUAAUUGACAUAACAUGCGUGUAAACAAAAGUUUCAUUCAAUUUUUAAGCUACAACCACCUUGACUUUUA